UGUAAUAAAAACUAUCACCAAAUUCAGUCUGAGAGGAACAGAGUGAACAUUGGACUUUCUAGAUGCAGCCAUCAAUUCUUGUGAGAGGAGAUCCUCUGUUGGAACUUCUUGAGAUAUUAAUCUUCAAAUGAGGGGAUAUCCCUGUGCGCAUAUCGCUCACGUCAGAGACUGUGUCACUUGAGUUUAAGGAUUGGGCUUAGAUGUGUUUAGGCUACUUGCCAUGCUUUGUUGAACCCACAUAGGACACAGCAGAGGAACUGAGAGGAGGGCUGGUUUUAGUCAAAUGUCAACUGACAUGUGUCUCAGCCAAACCACUUUGACACAUUGCAUGGAUUAUUACACACUUAGAAACGUGAAGGAAGAGAAGCACAUAAUACAUCUGCAACAGUGUACGAGCAAUUUAAGAAAGAAAAUCAGGGGAACAUCUUGUGAUAAUUAAUGCUGUUUGGUCGGAGGUUAUCAACCGUAGGGUGUCGGAGCUGGUGAUCCUGAAUGACCCACAUGGACAUUCAGUUAUGAAAUACAAAGGGAAUGAAGCUCAAUAUUCAUAGUGAACAACCAAGAGGACCAAUGUCUCAUUCACUCCAUGAUUGCUGGUCUAUCAUCAUUCUCAUCCAUUUGCUCGGGACCAUUGAGUCCAGUACAGCUGAAAAGCCGUGUACUGCUUUCUCCAGCAAUGGGGACCUGGUUCUUUCUGGCUCCAAUUUCCAGGUGUUCUGUACCUAUCUGGCCAGCUGCAGAGCUACCAAAUCGAUGUACAUUGACAAGAUCCAAACACAUCAAGUACAGCACUACAACUCUACAACCAUAUUCCUUAAUGUGACCGAUAUACGUAAGGAGACCACAUACACCUGCAAGUGUUACGGAGAACCUGAACCUUGUGGACUCGACGUUGAUGUUGGAUAUCUGCCCAGUGCUCCAGAAAAAGUUGCUUGUAUCCAGAAAGGAGAAUUUGGACAGGUGACAUGCACAUGGAUGAGAGGAGUGGAAACCAAAAUGAAUACUCCCUCAGAGCUCUGGGUGAAAGCUAUGAACAGCACAGCAGCACCUGUGUCCUACCCUGGAUUUGACUAUAGUUCUGAUCCUGGUCUUGUCUCAGCUAUUUUCUCUGUGUCUGGUUCUAACCAGACAGAUUACUCAGUAUGGGCCAACUCAUUUAACAAGCUGGGUUCUGCUAAAUCCACCCCACUCAACUUCAAACUCGACCAAAUUGUACAACCCCCACCCCCUGCUGUAUCUCAGGUAAAGUGCUGUUCACGUGCCUGUGAGGUUGGCGUAGAGUGGGUUCAGGGAACUCUUCUCCUGGAGGUCUGGUACAGAGCAGCACAGGAAACGAAAUCAUGGAUAUCACACACUGUAGGUUCAAUGAGGAACCAGUCCAAUGUGUCCCUGCCCAUUAUGUCUCUGCAACCAUACACGCUGUACGAGUUUCAGGCCAGAGUAAAACUGAACCAUUCAAAAGGCCUCUGGAGCGACUGGAGCAAAUCUCUAUUUAACCAGACAGAGGAGGAGGCACCAGCUAAGGCCCUGGAUGUGUGGUAUACAACUUCAACCACUUCCAACAUCACUUUACACUGGAAGAAUCUGAGCAACUUAGACGCCAGAGGAAGAAUCACAGGUUACAAGGUUAUAAUUCAUAACCUCCAGACAGGGAUGACGGAGAACGUUACCUCCACCACUACAUUUUUAGUCCCAUCCUGCCUUAGCUGUAAUGUCACUGUCUAUGCCCUGAACUCCAGAGGUUCCUCGCCACCUACCAGUGUCAUCAUUCCCCUUAGAACAGCCCAGCCCCCUGAAAACGUGCAGAGUAGCCAUUGCAAUAAACACAGCUUCGCCAUCUCCUGGACCAGGCCUAGUACUGCAGGAGCAGCUGUUAGAGGCUACCUGGUUGAGUGGUUCCCUAAAGGCAAACAGGUGGAGGAGCUCAGGUGGAAGAGACUGGGUCCUAAUGAAUACCAUACCGUAGCAGAUGACAUAAAGCAAUAUGAGUGCUAUGAGGGAGCAGUCUAUGUCCAGUAUGAGCAGGCAAUGGGCAGAGCCCCAUUUGAGGACAUCAGCACCAACGAAUCAGCACCAUCAGCAAGUCCAUCUGACGUCCAGGUGAGGGUGAACGAAGACCGAGUGACAGUGUCCUGGUCGGAGGUCCCUCUGGGAAAACAGGGAGGGUGUGUCAGAAAAUACACCAUCUAUUUGAAAAAGGAAGAGAUCACAUCCUACGACUGUGAUGCAUCAAAGAGGUCCUACACCAUAACUGGCCUGGCCCAGUCCGAUCAGCCGUACUACCUAUGGAUGUCCGCUUGGACCAGCUCAGGAGAGGGUCCACAUGGAUCAUCUCAUUCCUUCUUCAUCAUUGCUAACCAGAACAUCUGGUAUGUCACGAUAGUGGUCUCCUGCUUGGUUGCCCUGGUCUGUUUCCUGCUAAAACGAUGGGUCUGCCACUACUUCAUACCGGAUAUUGUCCUUGAUCCUGCCAACAGCAAAUGGGCAAAGGAGUGUGCCAAAGAAAUGGGUGGGUUGACCCUCCAGCUGUAUGUCAGUGAAUCCAGCAUCAGUGAGGAGGACGAGCCAGAGACCGUGGAGGUCCAGGAGCUGCCUGAGGAAAGCUGGUGCUCAGGGAACCCUGCACAGCCCACUGAAAUCUCUAGAGCUGCAGAAGGGGCCUCACACCUCAUUCCUCCCCAGUUGAGUCCUGUCACUGACCCAUCAGCAACAGCUUACUUCCAGAACUCUUACCUGCAAAGCUUCUCCCAGGAGUCAGGCUCCUCCGGCCAGACUCAGGACACCCAAGGAACAGAUAUAAAUGUAGAUUACAUUUCAACACACCUCCUUGUGAGAGAGGAGGUGGAUGAAGAUGAGCAGGAAUGUUUUGGUGAGAUGGUAUUUUUUCCGUGUCUGCCCCUGGACCAUCUGGUGCCAGUCCAGGGGAAGUUGACUCUGGAUUCAGUCAGGAUUGACUGCAGUGGGUUCUGAGACUUCUCAAAAAAAAAUAUAAAGCCAGGAGAACGUUGUGUAAUGACCCUGGAUUUGAUGAGUGCAUUGCAAGGACAUCCAAGCAUAUGGAGAUAGCUUGGGUCCCGCCAAAAAGUUGGAACGUCAAUGCCUCCAUCAACCACUACAAUCCUAUUCUAGUUCUAACUAGAACUCUGCUUCCACAAACAACAAUUUAUAUGCCUGGGAUUUACCAAAGACUAAUUACCAAAGACACAAAAGGUAUAUGUCUCAGCAAUUCAUGUUUCAAUCACAAUGGUUCCAUAACUUUAAUUCUCACUAAUCAAGAAUCAUUAUAUGGCAUUACAGUACACUAAAAUGAUGUUUCUUGAGUUACUCAAAAGGGUCAUAGAAUAUAACUUGCUGUUAUAUUUCACCCAGUUCAUAGGCACAGAAAGCAGAGUGGUGACUCCUCCCCAUCUUUACUUCCAAAAGACUCAUCCUCUCUGGGAUGCUCUUUUUAUACCCAAUCAUGUUACUGACCUGUUGCCAAUUAACCUAAUUAGUUGUGACAUAUUCCACCAGCAUUACACAACUUUUCCAGUCUUUUGUUGCCCCUGUCCCAGCUUUUUUGAAACAUGUUGUUGGCAUCAAAUUCAUAGUGUUCAUUUGGACAUUUCUCAGUUUCUACAUUUGAUAUGUUGUCUUUGUACUAUUUUCAAUUGAAUAUAGGAUUUAAAUGAUUUGCACAUCAUUGCAUUCUGUUUUUCUUUACAUUUUACACAGCGUCCAAAAUGUUUUGGAAAUGGGGUUGUACAACGACACAAUCCACAUAUAACAAUGAUUAGGGCAAGUGUCUUUAACUUUGAGAGAUAUGCUGUUCUUUAAAUGGAUAUACUCAACAAUCUCCAUUAGGCCUCCCACCCUUUACAGCUCCCUUAUGUAGCCUAAGUACAAACACCUUAAUUGUGGUUCUGCACAAUGAAUGAAUCAUGUUUUCUACUGCCUCUUUACCACCACAUUCAGCAGCAUCUUUUGCACAUCACAUAUCAACUGCAAAUGAAUUGAGUGGAUGUCUAUUAUGUUAACAUUCUAAUGUUAGGAUGGCACUUUUAUGUCUAUAUUGAAAAUAUACAAAUAAACCCCUUCUGACCAAC